AUGUACUAUUUAAUUCUAUGGAAAAAAGCUAAAAAAGUAAGCAUUGUUGAAUUAAAUGAUGUCAACAAACGUUUCAGCGAUAAUAACGUAACCGUGCAGUGGGGUCGCAAGUAUUUUGCUGCUAGAAUAAUUGCAGGAGGUGCUGAUACUGAAUUUUUAAACAAGUUGAUCGUGAACACUAGUGGCAUAAUCACAGGCUUCCAACUUACGUCCGAUAGUAGCAGUCAUCACGAUGAUACAGUUAUUGAUGUUGACAAGAAUAAUGAUGUUGUCGUCGUACCCGAGAUUAUUGCUAAUAAAAGAAGUAAUAAUAAUGUAAUUGUUCAAACAGUUAGCAGCAACGACUUUGCAGUUGAUGCCGUUGCUUCGAUCGAAAAAGUUGUUGAUGACGCAAAUGAUCAAGAGGUUUAUACUAAUAGUACUAUUGUCACUUUUGACAACGCCGCUGGUAAUUGUAAGGAAAACUAUGAUCUUGCUACUGGUUCUGGAGGGAAUGAUGAUCACGAUGAUAAUGAAAACAAUAGUAAUAUUAAUGAACAUGAAGAUGUUAAGGAUAAUAAUGCAAAAAACUACUCUGUAGCAGCUCCGAUGUGUUCAUCGGCCAAUCUUCGUAAUUCUAUUACCUCUAAUGAUGAUGUUGUUGCUGAAAAAAAAGUUGUUGCUGAAGAUUAUGCUGUUGCUGGUACUAGUAGAGAGGUUGAUUAUGUUAACGAUACCGAUGAUACUGAUCAAGGGGAUGAUUACGUUGGUAUUACAAAUGAUUAUGAAAAUAUCAAUGCAAAUGUCAAUACUCAAAAUAAUAAUGUCGAUGACGACCAUAACCUUGUAGAUCAUGUUGCAUAUAAUGCAGUUACCAACGAUGAUAGCUCUGACGAUGAUAGUUCUUCUGAGAUAUCUAGCAAUGAGGAUGUUCUUGACAGCGUUGACAAGAAAUGUCAAGAUAAACCGAAAAAAAUUAUCACGGAGCUGCUGCGUAAGUUGGUUGGCCGACACAAGUUGGCGCAGAUGACGUUGAAAGGCAGAAAAGGAACACCUGUUCCAAAAAAUAUCCUUAAAACCGUUAAAAAAUAUACAUUCAUGAAGACAACUCCGAGUCUCCAACUCAACGAACAUGAAUUCAAAAGAUGUGUGACGCUUUUUCUUGGAAAUUUGAGGAUUAAAAAAAAUUGA